AUGCCCAUCGCUGCAUCACCCUUCAUGGAAACGAGGACCGGCACGUGCGCCGUGCUGGAGAUGCGUCAUCGCACUGUUAUUGUGGCCAUCGAGGCGGAGUUGAGGGAUUCCUUGACCUCGGCGGCGGAUGACGAGUCCACAUCCUACGUCCUGUGGGCCCUCACUAUCCCGAUGCGAGUGGCCUGCUUUGCAGACGGCUUCUACACGAAGACCUCUCCCGUGCCUCUCGCCUUCGCAAGCGUUGUGUCUGGCACGCCGCGCCGCCGCGCUGUGGUAUCUCUGCCCCGCUGGGACCUUAGCGGAGGCACCCGCUCUGCGCUUCUGCUGGCUCCCCUCGACGUACCAUCGGUGCUUGUCCAGGAGGCGCUGGAAGAGGCACUCGGCGUGCGUCGCGCUGCGGCACAGUCGUCACCGUCAUUGAAGAGGGUGCCAGUGGUACGAUGGAGACUGAGCGGGACUGAAGCGAUAUCGCUCGACCUACUGGCGGAGGUUGAGUGGCAACCGCUCCUACACCGGCGAUGGUACGAACUGAAGAGCUACGUCCGCCAGGGCACGGUGGUUCCCUACUACUCUGCGAAGGCUGGCCGUCGCUCAGCCAAUGGCACCCACAUCCACCGUAGCAGCGCUGACUCCUUCCACAGUGCCCCCCCUGUGUCGACCGGUGUCAUGUUUGCCGGAGAUGUGAAGGAGGCUGACGCGGUGUCGGUGAACAGGGCGUGUGUGAUGUGGACAGACGGUAUGGUGGGCCUCUUUGAUGAGGUGAAGCCGUACUACCGCGUGUACGAGCCAGCACGACUGGAGAAGACAAUUCGCGUGCGGCGCUUCCCUCACCGGUAUGCAGACGUGGUGGGCGAGGUUCCCUUUGGGAAGCGCAUCGAGGCCUUUGGACGUGCCACAGACCCGUUCACAGCGGAGCAGUACGUCCUGGUGUACCUCCCAACCGAGGAGGCCUUUGCAGCACACGUGAGCACGUAUAAUCUGAUCUAUAUGGGCGAGGGACGGUACAUCUGGGGCUGGUCGAAACUGGCGGGGACGAGUGACCUACCGCUGUUGGUCGAGGCUGAAGGCAACGACGCGAGCGCUGGCGACACCCCUGCCGGGCUAGGCAACGACCACGCCAUCGGAUCGACUACGUGUAGCGCACGCUCAAGUGUUCAGGAAGGCGGCCGAUCGGAUGUCAUGCUCCUUCCAGAGCCCACGCUCUACACUCCUGUCCGAGAUGGUCCCCCGGUGCGCAUUCGGUCCAAGCCGCUUCUCUCGUCGACGGUGUUGCGAGAGAUGGAGACGAACGAGGUGCGGACGGCGGUGGCGCUGGUGACGGUGCCGCUGCGCCUUCCAGCGGACCCAACGGGGAUGCUUGUCAACCACGUCUUUCUGGAGUGGCAGCAGGGCGGCUACUCACUGCUGCGCAAUGCCACGGAGUCUUUCCUGGCGCCUGUGCAGUUGUCGCGCGUACCGCGCCGCCUCUCCAUCCGCACGCACAGCAACGGCGAAGACGGUAUGGCAGCCGUACCAGAGGCUUUGGACCUCUUCCGGCAACGAAGCCCCAAGCGCGGACGCGAUUUGACGGCCUCGGAGAACACCAAUGAGGAGGCAACGCUAGCUGAGCUUAUCAGUCCACACCGCACGUCGGCGCGCGUGGCUUCCGAUGCGUCUCUGCGGAGUCUGCAUUCCCUACCAGAGUCGUUGCAGGGGUCGUUGAAGAAGGGGGAGAUGCGACCGGAGGACUUGCCCGCCAUAGAGGAAGCGAGGGAGGGGCGCGAGAACGACAACAGCGGCGACGGCAGUGGCUAUUUUUGA